UUGGUUAUAUUUAUAUUUUUGAAUUUCUAUUCAUUUUAUUGAGCGUCUGAACUUCACGUCCUACUGUUUAACAGAAUUAUAUGGUAAAAACUUGAAUCAUGAGUGAUUCUGAAGAUCACAUCCGGGAGAAACGCCAACGAAAUGAAAAUGAAGACAGUGAUCCAAACUCUGACACUUUUGUGGGCCCUUCCCCAUCAGAGGCAGUCCCAUUAAAAAAACGUAAAGUACUGCCUUUCGAAAAACUCUAUGUGGAUAGUUUACCUUGCGCAGAGUCCUAUGAAAGAAGCUACAUGCAUAGGGAUACUAUUACACACUGCGUGGUGUCCUCAACUGAUUUUAUCAUAACUGCCAGUUGUGAUGGUCAUAUUAAAUUUUGGAAGAAGAUGGAGACGGGAAUAGAAUUCGUCAAGCACUUUCGCAGCCAUUUAGGUCCCAUAGUUAAGAUAGCUUGCAAUAGCGAAGGAACCCUACUUUGUUCAGCUUCACUUGACAAGUCUUUAAAAAUAUUUGAUAUUGUUAACUUCGACAUGAUAAAUAUGUUGAGGCUGGAUUAUGUCCCUGGCACUGUAGAGUGGAUACACAGUUCGGGGGAUCCUAUACACUCUUUGGCUGUUUCCGAUAAGGAAUCACCUAAAAUUUACAUUUAUGAUGGCAAAUCUAAUGAAACUUAUCUGAAUGUGCUGGACAAAAUCCACAUGAAUCCUGUCAGCUUGAUGAAAUAUAAUCCCAAAUAUGAUGUAGUUGUAUCCGUUGAUAAAAAGGGCAUGCUAGAAUAUUGGGCUGGUAAUAAACAAGACUACAUAUUUCCCAGAAAUGUAUCAUUUGACUCCAAACUAGAUACUAACUUGUUUGAAUUUGCAAAAAAUAAGACUGUUCCAAGCGGUUUGGCCUUUUCCCCUGACGGUAAAAAGUUUGCAACCAUUUCAAGUGAUAGAAAAGUGAGGGUGUUCAAUUUUGUUACUGGAAAACUGGUAUGAUAUAGGUAUAAUGAUUUUACUAAAGACCGUUCCAAGCAAACAAUAACAAUUGGAGUAAUAUGGAAGAUAUUUGCAGCUCUACCUGUAGAUUCAGUUGACUUGAGUUAUCUAUAUCCACAUAAAAGGUCUGUUCAAAAAAUAAGGUGAAUUUUAAUUUUUCCCAAAAAAUAUUUAUAUAUUCAUCAAUUUCUAGUUUGUUCCCUUCAAAGUAGUCCCUCUGCCAACGUUUUUUCCAAACCUCAAAGCAGUUCUGAUAUGCACUUUUUUUAUCUCCUCA